AUGUACUCACCAAAACCAGAAUCUAGUUUUGGCCCCAAUCCCAACUCAGGCACACAGCAGCAACAAAUGGAAUUACCUGGAGCCAACGUGGGUCCUACUAAUGGAGCAAAUAACAAUACCAACAUGGCUGCGAGGCAACGCUUACGCUGGACAAAUGAACUGCAUGAAAGAUUUGUUGAGGCUGUUACUCAACUUGGUGGUCCUGAUAGAGCCACUCCAAAAGGAGUUCUAAGAAUUAUGGGUGUACAAGGAUUAACAAUAUACCAUGUAAAAAGUCACUUGCAGAAAUACAGGCUAGCAAAGUAUAUUCCUGAUGCUUCAACUGAUGGUAACAAGGACGAUAACAAAGACCCAGGGGAUUUGCUUGCCGGACUUGAGGGUUCCUCUGGAUUGCCGAUAUCUGAAGCCCUCAAGCUGCAGAUGGAGGUCCAAAAGCGGCUGCAUCAACAGUUAGAAGUACAAAGGCAGCUGCAGUUGCGAAUUGAGGCUCAGGGAAAGUACCUCCAGAAGAUCAUUGAAGAGCAGCAGCGCUUAACUGGUGUGAAAUCUGAAACUCCUGCUGGAGGUGCUUCUGUCACAGUAUCAAGUGAUCAAUUCCCAGACUCCGAGCGGACUGAGCCCUCGACUCCUGCACCAACAUCCGAGUCUCCAACUCAAGUUGGCGCUUCCAAUAGGGACCCUGGAGAUCGAACUGAAGGAACCAAGAGCACCUGUCAUGGUGAUUCUCUUUCCCGCCAUGAGCCACUAACCCCUGAUUCCAACUGCCAGAAUGGCUCUCCUGUCGCUAGUCCAAACCAUGAGAGGGCAGCAAAGAGGCAGCGGGGCAGUGGUACUGAAUUCUUAGAUUCUGAGUCUGAGUUUUCCCUUCCACGCCACAUCUUCGAGUCAAGCUCAGGCUCAGAGUUCCAACAAUACUCAAUGUCCUACUCAGGACAGUAG